UAAGUCUCAUGAUUUAAGGUUUAAAAUGUGUUGAAGUGGAAAUGAAUAAAACUGAUAUGAAUGACAAUAUGUUGGCAAAUAAAAAUUAACAUGUUUCCACACAGAAAUCUCAGAAACCUCCUAUGCUGUGGUCAUUACAUUUAACCUGGUUAACAUCAGCAUGCCAGAGGACCCUGAGCACAGAGGCGACACCAAACAGCAAGUGCAGGAUAUCAUCAAUAAUGCGCUGAACACUCUUCUGAAUGAACCUGGCAAGAUCGUUUUUGAACCCAAGUCUUCCAAUUUUACGAGCUCUUCAAACCAGAUAGAUGGCAGGAUGGACUACACCUUCCAGGAUGGAGAUGCCAUACAACCAGUCAGCUUCCUAAAUGAGCUACAUCUGCCAACCACUACAACAGUGCUUCCAGAAACAGCAACUGGUUUCACUGUGACCCCUUCAAAUCUCAUACCUGGUUCAGCAGUGGUCACAAGCAAGCUGGUGUUCAACUCCUCAUCUCCAGUCCCCAGUGAAGCUCUGGUCCUCAGCGCUAUCAACACUCUCCGUAAUUCCAGAGAGUCACAGCUCAGUGAAUCAGUGCAGGUGGUGAAUGUCACCUAUGAGAAAAUCUCAGAAACCUCCUAUGCUGUAAUCUUUGAGUUUAAUAUAAGUAAUAUCAGCAUGCCAGAGAUCCCUGAGCUAAGAAACAGCCUUUACGUGCAAGUGCAAGAUGUCGUCAAUAAUGCGCUGAACACACUUCUGAAUGAACCCAGCAGUCCAAUUGUACAACCCGAAUCAUCCAAAUUCACGAGCUCUUCAAACCAGAUAGAUGGCAGGAUGGAAUACACCUUCCAGGAUGGAGAUGCCAUACAACCAGUCAGCUUCCUAAAUGAGCUUCAAUCACAGUCUGAACUGACCCAUACUACAAUGUUUCCAGACACAAUAACCAUUUUCCCUUUGACUUCUUCAAGCCUAAUAUCUGGUACAGCAGUGGUCAUAAGCAAGCUGGUGUUCAACUCCUCAUCUCCAGUCCCCAGUGAAGCUCUGGUCCUCAGCGCUAUCAACACUCUCCGUAAUUCCAGAGAGUCACAGCUGAAUGAAUCAGUGCAGGUGGUGAAUGUCACCUAUGAGAAAAUUUCGGAAUCUUCCUAUGCUGUCAUUUUUAAAUUUAAUAUGAGUGACAUCAGCAUGCCAAGGGACUCUGGACUCAGAAACAACAUCUACCUGCAAGUACAGGAUAGAAUCAAUAAAGCGCUAAACACUCUUCUGAAUGAACCUAGCAGUCCAGCUUUACAACCCAUUUCAUCCAACUUUAAGAGUACAUUAAAUCAGAUUGAGGGCAGUAUGGAGUACAACUUCCAAGAUGCAGAUGUCAUAAAACCAGUCAGAUUCCUACAGGCGCUUAGUUCAUUGACAGUCUUAACAACAGCCAGUACUCUGACAUCAAGCAUAACUUCUCCACAAACAUUGUUGGGGAAGGCUUACAUAAAUAUUCGAUUGGUGUUUCACACACUGGGCCCAAUCCCUAGUAAGGAUUACAUUAUAAACUUGGCCAGCUCUACGCUCAACCCACGUUACAGAACUAAAGUAGUCGCACCACCAACCCAGGGUACGAGCCUUGUGGAUAUCGGCUACACAAAACUUAAUGAAACCUCCUAUGCUCUCACGUUUGAAUUUGAAAUCACUAAUAUAUCCAUGUCUGAGAAACGUGAACUAAGGAAUGAAACCUAUACUUCAAUCAAAAGCACUAUAAAUAAAUUGCUUGUCGACAUCCUAAAGGAUCCCUCAGCUUCUCAGUUUGAUCUGCAACACAUUGCAUUCGAUGGUAAUAGCACAGUGAUUCUGGCCAGUGUUCAGUAUGUUUUCUCAGAAAGUGACUUGAGCAUAAACAGCACCUUUGUCAAGGAAAUAUUCAAAGCUAAAGAAGACUUAACGACAGCCAGUACUCCGACAACAAGCACAUCUCCACCCAGUACUCUGACAAUAAGCACAUCUCCACCAAACGUGCUUGGGAAGGUGAUCAUAUACAUCAGCCUUGUGUUUAAAACACGGGGUACUAUCCCAAGUGAGAGUAACGUUGUAAAUGUGGCUAACACCCUGUUGUCUGGAAUGAAAAUGAGAAUCAAACGAUCCCUCACAACAAAAGAUCUGACUGAGCUUGUGAACUUUGUGAAUGUCACCUAUACAAAAAUUGAUGAUAACGCCUUCUCUCUGAACUUUGGAUUUGAAAUCAGCAAUGUGUCCAUGUCUGAAAGAGUUGAAUUCAGGAAUGAGACCUUCACAGUGAUCCAGCACUAUAUAAAUAAAUUUGUGUCCACGAUCCUGAAUAAAACAACAACUACUAACUUUAAUUUCAAUCAAAUCAAUUUCAAGGGUAACUCCUCUGUGAUUGAGGCCAACGUACAGUAUGUUUUCACAGACAGUGACAUCGGCAGUUUCGGCUUGGUCUCUGCUUUCCUCGGACCUUCUACAACAGCCGCUCCAACCACCUAUUACCCCACAGUCCUGACCAGUACAAUCUUAAACAAUAGUACAAACGCAGCAUGGGUUGUGGCUAUCAUUGUCCCCUGCGCUAUUGUCAUCGGGCUCGUACCUUGCUGGAUUCUCCUUUGCUGUUUGCUGUGUGGUUGCUGUGCAGCAAUCAGAAAACGUUGGCACAGAAGACGAUCAUACAAUGUACAGUACACAACUCGAAACAGCAUCUUCUAGAGGUAUUCAAGAACAAACUUUGAUGCUUAAAAUAUUAAUUUUCCUGUAUUGCUGGGCAUACAGAACCUCUCUAAAUGUGAUGCAAAUGUGAUUUAAAAAAACAACAACUACUAUUUAAGGAAUGAUUUUAUUUAUUUAAAAAACUUAUGUAAAGUAAUGAGAAUCUUGUUUUCUGAAUGAAAGAUUUAUUUGGUAGUAUGUAUUUAAUGUUAAGGGAAAAAAUGUAGAAUGUGUUGAUCACUUCUUUAUUCACACUUAAUGUACUUUAUCUAAAAUAACAUAUUGCACCCUGAUGACAUAUGUAUGUACGAAUCACAAUUAAUGUUUUAAGACUGUGUAGUUAAAAACUAUAAUUUAAUAAAACAAUUCAAUACCAAUAUGAGAA